AGGCGGAGGAGGAGAGGAGGAGAGGAGAGGAGGAGAGGCGAGGAGGAGGAGAGGCGAGGAGGAGGAGGCGGCGAGGAAGAGAAGAAAAGGCGACACCAUGAGGAAGAGGAAGAGAGAACUGACAGCCCUUUAUGAGGAGGAGUGUUCAGCAUCUGCCACCCAGGAGGAGUCGGAGAAGACGGAGGACCAGCCAAAGGAGGAGACGGACGGCGAGCCAAAGAAGAAGAGGGAGCAGACGGACAACAACCGCAGGGAGACCACUGAUGACGCCAUCCUACAGCCGGAGGAACAAGCCGCUUUUUACAGACUCCUGGAUGAAGGACACAUCCAGCUAUUUCUAGGCAGGGACAGCUGCUAUAAGAUCGCGGACAAGGUAGUAUAUAAAGGGAAAGAAUAGAUGUUGUACAGAUAGAAGUAAAUACAGGGAUAUACUGGAGACAUACAGGUACUGUAUAAUAGAAUGUAUUUAGAUAAGAAAUGUAUUACCAGCCUCUAACUCUUCUUCUCCCUCUAGUAUCUCCUGGCCAUGGUCCUCAUCUACUUCCGAAGAGCCAACCUGCGUACGGAGGAAUAUAACACCUACUUCUUUCCAGCGCUGUUUCUUGCCAACCAGUUUGAAGAGGAUGAGAUGUUUCGACGCGAGAUCUACCCCUGGGCCCUUGGACCGAUGUGGACGGCGAUGAAGACCUGGAUGCUACACCUGCGGAACCUGCUGCUCCUCCGGAUGAGAUUCCACGCUUGGGUGACCAGAGACACCUGUGAUCGGAUCAUGGCACAAGACCCCGAGUACUGGGCAUGGAAGAGAGAGCGUAAGGAACAUCACGGCUGGGCCAUACGCUGGUACCGGAGGGAUCCUGGAGAAUACAUCCCGAGAGGCCCAUGGUGGAUUCCUCCCGCCUGCUCCAUCUGUAUCACCGAUCUGCAGCCUUGUGCCGGGGAAGAGAACACCAAGCGAAGAAGGACGAAGAAAGAAGAACAGAACGGAUGAAGACCAAGCCGCCCUAGAUGUAUUCUUAAGGUCACGUUCCCACUUGGCAUAUACGUAGCGUAUUUGACGCUGCGCAAAGUCUGCAGAAGCAGCGGG